AUGGCCAUGGGGAGGGCUGCCCUGGAGCAAAGGCCUGGACCAGCCGGGCUCCUGCCGCCCGGGCAGCUGCUGGGAAGUGAUCUGGGGAAUCUGGACCCAGACACACGAGUUCGAAUCCUGCGUCUGCUGCUUCUAUGCUGGCUUGGGGUUCUGGGGGGGUUGGGGGUGCUGGGGAGUGGAAGUGCAGUGGGGAGACCGGGCGGAGAGCUGACCGGGGCUCCUGCUCCCGGCAGGAUCCGGCCGCAGCUGUCCAAGGAGAAGAUUGAGGGCUGCCACAUCUGCACCUCCGUCACCCCGGGGGAGCCCCAGGUGCUCCUGGGGAAGGACAAGGCCUUCACCUACGACUUUGUCUUCGACCUGGACACCUGGCAGGAGCACGUGUACGCCACCUGCGUGCACAGGCUCAUCGAGGGCUGCUUCGAGGGCUACAAUGCCACGGUGCUGGCCUACGGGCCUGCCAAAGCCUGGAUCCUGGGGGAGGAGCAGCCGCGGGAGGGCCCUGCCACCCCCACCCCUGUCCAGGUCAAAGGCCGUGGAAUCCAGAACCUGAGGGACAGGCUCUACAACGAGGAGAUCCUGGACCUCUUCGACGCCACCCGGGACCCCGACGCCCGCCACCGCCGGUCCAACAUCAAGAUCCAUGAGGACGCCAACGCCUGGAUCCUGGGGGAGGAGCAGCCGCGGGAGGGCCCUGCCACCCCCACCCCUGUCCAGGUCAAAGGCCGUGGAAUCCAGAACCUGAGGGACAGGCUCUACAACGAGGAGAUCCUGGACCUCUUCGACGCCACCCGGGACCCCGACGCCCGCCACCGCCGGUCCAACAUCAAGAUCCAUGAGGACCGGCGGGCGCAGGAGCAGGGCGUGGCCGGGCCCGAGUUCAAAGUCAGCGCCCAGUUCCUGGAGCUCUACAACGAGGAGAUCCUGGACCUCUUCGACGCCACCCGGGACCCCGACGCCCGCCACCGCCGGUCCAACAUCAAGAUCCAUGAGGACGCCAACGCACCGGGUCUGCCUCCGCAGUUGGCCUUGGGCAACGUCAUCAGCGCCCUGGGGGACCAGAGCAAGAAGGCGGUACACGUGCCCUACAGGGACUCCAAGCUCACGCGGCUCCUGCAGGACUCGCUGGGGGGCAACAGCCAGACCAUCAUGAUCGCCUGCGUGAGCCCCUCUGACCGGGACUUCAUGGAGACACUCAACACUCUCAAAUACGCCAACCGGGCCCGGAACAUCAAGAACAAGGUGGUGGUGAACCAGGACAAGACCAGCCAGCAGAUCAGCGCGCUGCGGGCCGAUAUCGCGCGGCUGCAGAUGGAGCUCAUGGAGUACAAGGCGGGCAAGAGGGUGAUCGGGGAGGACGGCAGCGAGGGCUACAGCGACCUGUUCCGGGAGAACGCCAUGCUGCAGAAGGAGAACGGCGCCCUGCGCCUGCGUGUGAAGGCCAUGCAGGACGCCAUCGACGCCAUCAACAGCCGCGUCACCCACCUCAUGAGCCAGGAGGCCAACCUGCUGCUGGCCAAGGCCGGUCCUCACCCCCGUUUCCCACCUGCGGGGAUGCCCGCAGAGGUGAACUUCCAGGCGGACCUGGCCGACCUGACGUGCGAGAUCGAGAUCAAGCAGAAGCUGAUCGACGAGCUGGAGAACAGCCAGCGGCGGCUGCAGACGCUCAAGCACCAGUAAGAGGAGAAGCUGAUUCUGCUGCAGAACAAGAUCCGCGACACGCAGCUGGAGCGCGACCGCGUGCUGCAGAACCUCUUUCAGAUCCGAGCUCUGGAGUCCCAGAAGCGACAGCAGGAACUGGUGCUGAGGAGGAAGACCCAGGAGGUGUCUGCGCUGAGGCGCCUGGCCAAGCCCAUGUCCGAGCGGGUGGCGGGGCGCGUGGUGCCGCUCACGGGGGCCUCUGUCUCCAGGAAGAAGUUCCAGAAGAAGGGGGCCGGCCAGAGCUUCAGCAAGGCCGCGCGGCUCAAGUGGCAGUCGCUGGAGCGCAGGGUCAUCGACAUCGUCAUGCAGAGGAUGACCCUCGUCAACCUGGAGGCCGACAUGGAGCGGCUCAUCAAGAAAAGGGAGGAGCUGUUCCUCCUGCAGGAGGCGCUGCGGCAGAAACGGGAGCGGCUGCAGGCGGAGAGCCCCGAGGAGAAGGGGCUGCAGGAGCUGGCGGAGGAGAUGGAGGCGCUGGCGGCCAACAUCGACUACAUCAACGACAGCAUCUCCGACUGCCAGGCCACCAUCGUGCAGCUGGAGGAGACCGCGACGUCUGGGAGUUAUGGGGGGCCCUCCAGGGUGUCUCCCUGGGUGGGAGCCGGUGGCGUAAGGGCAGGGGCGGGGGUGCCCCUGGUCCCAGGCCGGGGAGGGUCACCCGGGCCCGCUGCCCGUCCUCAGGGGCUGCAGGUGGCCCAGAAGGAGGCCCAGAUCCGGCUGCUGGAGGGGCGGCUGAGGCAGACCGACCUCGCGGGCUCCUCCCAGAACCACCUGCUCCUGGACGCCCUGCGGGAGAAGGCGGAGGCGCACCCCGAGCUGCAGGCCCUCAUCUACAACGUGCAGCAAGAGAACGGCUACGCCAGCACCGAUGAGGAGGUGUCGGAGUUCUCCGAGGGCAGCUUCUCCCAGUCAUUCACCAUGAAAGGUUCCAGCAGCCACGACGACUUCAAGUUCAAGGGCGAGCCCAAGCUGUCGGCCCAGAUAAAGGCGGCGUCGGCCGAAUGCCUGGGGCCCCCGCUGGACAGCUCCACCAAGAACAUCACCAAGUCCCUGGCCUCGCUGGUGGAGAUCACGGAGGACACGGUCGACGCUGUAACCACCGGGAACCACCAGCCACGACACGUGUGUCUGAGGUCAGACGGAGUCAGAAUGGCCCCGACACUGACAUGCCGCUCUCUGUCCCCGCUUGGCAGGUCCACAGACGUGGGAUUCACGCCCCCCUCGUCCCCGCCCACGCGGCCACGCAACGAUCGCAACGUCUUCUCGCGUCUGACCAGCAAUCAGAGCCAGGGCUCCGCGAUGGACAAGUCUGAUGACAGCGACUCCUCUAUGUCCGAGGUCCUGAGGGGGAUCAUCACGCCGGUCGGAGCGGCGAAGGGCGGGCGGACGGCCCCGCUGCAGUGCGUCUCCAUGGCCGAGGGCCACACCAAGCCCAUCCUCUGCCUGGACGCCACGGACGAGCUGCUCUUCACCGGAUCCAAAGACCGCAGCUGCAAGAUGUGGGGCCUGGUCACGGGGCAGGAGAUCGCCGCCCUGAAGGGCCACCCCAACAACGUGGUCUCCAUCAAGUACUGCAGCCACUCGGGGCUGGUCUUCUCCGUGUCCACCUCCUACAUCAAGGUGUGGGACAUCCGGGACUCGGCCAAGUGCAUCCGCACCCUCACGUCCUCGGGUCAGGUGAUCUCGGGGGACGCCUGCGCAGCCACCUCCACACGCGCCCUCACCAGCGCGCAGGGCGAGCACCAGAUCAACCAGAUCGCGCUCAGCCCCUCGGGCACCAUGCUGUACGCCGCCUCGGGCAACGCCGUCCGCAUCUGGGAGCUCAGCAGGUUCCAGCCCGUCGGCAAGCUGACCGGCCACAUCGGGCCCGUGAUGUGCCUGACGGUCACCCAGACGGCCAGCCAGCAUGACCUGGUGGUCACCGGCUCCAAGGACCACUACGUGAAGGUGCCCGGGCACUGCCAUGUCCCCUCACCCCCACCCCCCCCUCUGCGGCCUCGGGACACUCGUGGGAAGAAUGCCCUUCCUGGGAUGGUUAAAAUAUAUCCACACUAG